AUGGCAGCGGAUCAUGAUGCGCCAGUGUUUCCAGGCGACUACUCUGAGCUCUCUCGUGUUGCUGAAGGGCUGCUUGACUUUAGCGUGCCGACGGGCGUCGCGCUCGGGGCCGUCAAGCGCAUCAGCCCGUACUUUCUGAGGCACUUGUCGAUCGGUCUGGUCGACGUGCCGCGCUUUGUCGGGUUCAACUACGUCUCGCACCCGCGCCAGUCCAACGCGGCCGUGAAUCCAUUCGCAGGCGCGUCUGCCGAUCUCGCUGCCGCGCACGAGCCAGCCGCCGCGGGGCAGGACGAGGACUACAGCCAGCCCCUUCCAGUCCAAGGAUGGCGCUUGUUCUCGUGCGUUUUCGACGACGGCAGCGUGGAGGCAAUGCUCGAUCACCGACCGUCAGCGCGUUGGCGGUUCCAGGCCUCGGGCAUCUCGUCAUUUCACAAGAACAUGUCCCAUCUCAACUUCCUGGCAUUCCGAUACGCUCCAAACUGGUCGGGAAGAAUGAUUUACACUACAGAAGAGCACAUGCUCGGGUUUAGUGGCAUGCGGGCGCUUUCGAGCAGCAAAGAAUGGGCCGUUGGCGGAGAAGUGUUUUACUCGUUUUCGCAAGAAGCUCCCGGCUUGUCGGUCGGAGCUCGCUAUCACACUGUGAACGCAAACACUGGGCAUACGACAGUUGUUGCCACGACAUUCAGUCCCAUUCCAGGCCAUGUGACAGCGACAUACACGUCAGAUCUCACGCAAGCUAUGGUUGCAUCGACCCGAUUCGAGUACAAUGUCCACAGCAACGAGGCAGAGUUUGGAGUGGGACUGCGUCUGCAACCACCAAACAGUCCCUUUGAUCUCCGCUUUCGAGUCGAUACAUCUCAUGGCAUUGGUGUGCUGCUUCGGGCUCGAUUUCCCCAUCUCACACUGGCUCUAGGUGCGGGAUGCUCAUUUCCACCCAAUGUCACAACAAGAGUUGGUCUCGAUUUGCGUGUGGAGAGCAGCAGGGAUGGUGGCUAUGCAGGGUGAAACAAAAGUCUGAGGGUUGCAAGAUGCUGUGUUGAACCGUGUUUAUUGUGAUAAUAGCUAUUGGGAUUUUGGUGCAUGUUGACCUGGCAACAAAGCCCCAAACCUUUGUGUUCCACCUACUGACCGGACGAGAGUCAG